AUGUACAUAAAACCAGUGAAAGUUACCCGCCUAAAAAUGACGGACAUAGAGUCUGAUAGAAUUAGUUGCUUUCCGGAUCAACUUAUAGACAAGAUUCUCUCAUAUUUACCAAUUAAGGAUGCAGGGAGAACUAGUGUUUUAUCCCGCAAAUGGGGAAAGAAAUGGUCCAUACAACCAAAUCUUGUGUUCGAUAAACGAAGUGUAUCUACUUUGGCUCUGGAACACCUUUCAAUUAUACGGCACAAGUUUUUGAGGAUGAUUGAUCGUGUACUUUUACUUCACUCUGGCCCAAUCAACAAGUUCAAGCUCUCCAACUCCGGUUCUAAUAUCAUGGGUGUGAACUCUCUGGCUGAUAUUCGUCGCUGGAUUCUUCAUCUAACCGGAAGUUUAUGUCAUUUAAAAUUAUAUUAUUGUUGUCUUAAACCUCCAAUGACUUUCGAAGGCUUUAGGAACUUGAGAGGUCUUGAGUUGGAAUGGAUUAAUAUUCAUGCACCAAAUCUCAAGAUUUUUCACUUCUUUGGUAAUUUUGAGGAUAUUAGCUUUGAAAACAGUUCCCAGUUAUCUAAUAUAAUGGUUAUUUUAAAUAUUUAUGUGCACUCUGAAAGAAAUCAACGCAUAUUGCAUGGAUGCUCUAACAAUUUGCUCAAGCUUUUCGAUCAUCAACCUCACAUUGAGAGGCUAGUGAUUGGUGAUUAUUUUUUAAAGUACUUGGCUGCAGGUGUUGUUCCAGUAAAGCUGCCUACUCCUUAUAUGAAUCUAACAUAUCUUGGCUUAUUAAUAAACUUCAUUGAUUCGAAGGAAAUUUCGGUUGUCCUUUGCUUGCUCAAAAGUUCACCAAAUAUUCGAGAGUUCACAAUAUUUGCGAUAGAGAAGCAGCCUGGCCUUUUAACACCCGCUUCAUACUAUUUUAUCAAAUAUUUACUUCUAUAUUCUCCUGUGUUAGAAAAUAUGAUUGUGAAGCCUACUCAAAAUGUCAAACCGGAGUUGAUGACAAAAUUAAUCUGUUUCAAGAGAGCGUCGAGCCAGGCCGAAGUUAUUUAUCGUGGAAAAGAUUCUUGA